AUGGUUGGAUGCGACGAGGAAUUCAAGACGAUAAAGGAUCAUCUCACUCCACAAUCAGCGAAGCUGCUACAACUUGUAUCAAUUGUUGGCAUGGGAGGAAUAGGCAAAACCACUUUAGCUCGCAAAGUCUACGAAGAUCCCUCAAUUACUUCUUAUGUUUACAAGCAAGCAUGGGUUACCGUAUCCCAAGAGUAUACCAUGGGGAAAAUCCUUAGAUGCCUUAUUGGUUGUGUUAGUGCAUCAAGUGAUGAACAAAGCAGCGACCCAGGCCAAUUAGCAGAAAGUCUGCGGAAAAACGUGAAGGAUCAGAGAUAUUUGAUAGUGAUAGAUGAUAUAUGGAGUAAAGAAGCUUGGGAUAGUGUGCAAAGGUGCUUUCCAAAUGAUGAUAAUGGAAGUCGUAUACUACUGACUUCUCGGGUUAGAGAGGUGGCUGAAUAUGCUGCUAGUUCAUCAGAUUACGAAAUCCAUGCAAAGACAUUAGUUAAGUUGUGGGCAGCAGAGGGAUUUUUCGGGGCAGUUGUCGAGAAGGGAGAAGUAGUUCAAGAAAUUGGAGGAAGGAAACUGAAAAGAAUUGAUUGA